AUUUGAAAGGAUAACAGGACUGGACAUUUGCUAUCGUUAUAGGUUAUAACUGCAUACUACAGUGGGUAAUCAGUAUUCCACUGUACUCUGUGCUAGUGUGAUGUGUGAUUUUUGCUCGGUACUUGGUGAAAAUGCCCUGGACUGGACUCCAAGAAGCUUGUUGGGUCGCACUAUUUGGAUGUUUCUAGUGUUGUAUGUUAUCUUCACAUCUGUAUUACCAGCUAGCUCUAAGGAAAGGACUGAGCAUGAUAUCCAGUCGAGGAAGCUGGCCAGAGACUUAUACUACCAGCUAGAAGCCGGUAUCGUGAAGAAGGCACCGGAGCUGAAGAUAAGUCCUAAUUCUUCAGUACAGGAGCGGAAAGAAGCUCUGCAGGACGUGACCUUGGCGCUCUUGGUGAACUCUGCAGAGAAUCUAAAGGCUCUUGCCAACAUGAAGGCUAACCCCAAACUUGCAGGUUGUAUCGCUUCCACCUUCAGGAACUCCACGAAGGUAAAUAGUGUGCUCCAGGACAUAGACGUGAUAGAGUCGCCACUCCCUGCAAUGACAAAGCUUAUCGAAGAAUUCGCUAACCUUUUUAUAACAAAGUAUUAAUAAUUUUCAGAACUGAAAUAAUAUAAUAAUUUAAUGAUUGUAUCUUGAGGGACAAAUUUAUAGUUUUUGUAAAGCCUCAAUUCUUACCUUUUUGUCAAUUCCUUGUUGUUAUUAACGAUUUAUCUGUAAGUAAAUUAAUUUUUUUUGUUCAAUCAUCCUGGAACUCCUAAUUUAAUUAAAAAUUAAAAUUCAAAACGUAUCCUUAGUA